CGCGCAUGCGCAGGGCCGGGCAGGGGGGGCGGCAGCUCUCACGUGGUUGGAUUCGUUGGCGGGGGCGGGGGGGGGACCCGGGGAGGGUUUGGGGGAAGGGAGGCGGGGGGGGGGGGGGCUAGAGGACAGUGCGGAGCCACCCGCCCCCGGGUGCCGGGACACGGCCCGGGGCUGCGGGCCCACCCGCGCCAUGGUGUCGUGGAUGCUCAGCCGGGUGAUUGUGCUGGUUUUCGGGAUGCUGUACCCCGCCUACGCUUCCUACAAGGCUGUGAAGACCAAAAACAUCCGGGAAUAUGUCCGCUGGAUGAUGUACUGGAUCGUCUUCGCGCUCUUCAUGGCCACGGAGACCCUCACCGACCUGCUCAUCUCCUGGUUUCCAUUCUACUACGAAAUUAAGAUGGCUUUUGUUAUCUGGCUGCUCUCCCCCUACACCCGGGGGGCCAGCCUGCUCUACCGCAAAUUCGUGCACCCCACGCUGUCCCGUAAGGAGAAGGAGAUCGACACGUACAUCAUCCAGGCCAGGCAGCGCAGCUACGAGACGGUGGUGAGCUUCGGCAAGAGGGGCCUCAACCUGGCAGCCACGGCCGCGGUCCAGGCAGCCACCAAGAGCCAGGGCGCGCUGGCCGGGCGGCUCCGCAGCUUCAGCAUGCAGGACCUGCGCUCCAUCCCCGACGAGACCCCCGUGCACUACCGGGACCCCCUGUACCUGGAGGAGCAGGAGAGCCACAGGCAGCUGCUGGCCUACAGCACGCCCUCGGCCAGCCGGCAGUACGAGAGCGAGACGGAGGAUGAGGAGCUCUGGUCGGACUCGCAGGUCUCUCCCAAACCUUCACCCCGCAGCCGGGACCCCAAACCCCUCUCCCGCAGCCGGAGCCUGCGCUCGGCGAGGAAGACGAUGCUGAGCAAAGAGGGCUCCUCCUGGCUCUUGCGCAGCCCGAUCAGGAAGAAAGCAGCUCCGCCAGAGCAGGACAGCUAACGGCCCCCCGGGGAAAACCCUCUGCCAGGAGCCUGAACACCAGUUUGCUGCUGCAGCACCAGGAGGGAGCCACAGUUCGGGCACUCCCAGACUCCCGGGGAGGGGGCUCCCCCCUGCAUUACACUGUAAAUACCUCCUCUGACCUCUGCGCCCGCCCGGCUGCACUGUGCACCCCUGGCUGCUUCGGGGAAUCGGGGGGGCAGCUCACACUACCACACCACACCACACACACACACACACACACACCCCCGCUUCCAUUUGUGCCCCCUCCCAGACUCUGCUGUGUGCUGGCACCGGCGCCUCUCCCCCCCCCCCCCCACCGCCUUAUCCUCCCUCCCUAUGAACAUUAUGGGUUCUGCUGGGGUCCCCCCCCCUUCUGCUGCCAUGAUGCCUUACUCCCCACAUCCCCUCUCCCCUGAGAGCCAGCGAGGGGACGUGCCUUGUCCCAUCUGUCCUCUGAAGCCAAAGACACAGCUCCAGGCUGACACCCCCCCACACUCGAAACCGGGGUGCGAGUGCCUGACCAUGCCCUGCCCGGCACCACGCGACUUUUAAUAUUCUCCCCUCCCAGACAGGGGCUUUUGUACAUGGAAAAAAUAAAUGUUAUUUCAGACUUUCA